CAAAGAUAUUCGCCAAUCGCCAUCAGUGUUUGUGUUGUUGGUUGGUUGGAAGAAGACGGCUUGUUGUUGUUGGUUGAGCCAGUGCGGCAGUGCAGUCGUCCGUCAUGGAUCAGCAAAGGGAGCAGCAAGGGGAGCGCACUCGACAGCAGCAGCAACAGCAACAGCAGCAACAGCCACAACAGCCACAGAGCACACAGGGUCACCAUCACCAUCAUCAUGUGCACCCUCACCACCAGCAUCACCACCAGCAUCAGCGACAUGUGCAUCAACAUCGCGUACAAGGGCGGCUGAUGUUUGCCGCACUGCCCAACGACACGUUCCAGCCCGUGGUGGUGCAAGGGAACGUUAUUCCAGCAUCCAUCACGGACAAGAGGAGUGGCCAGACCUAUCCACUCAUCUCAAAGGAAGAGAAAGACAAGCGCGAGGCCAAGAUCCAGGAAGAGAGACACCUGCAAGAGCUGGUGCUGGAGGAGCCCUUGCAGGUCAAGGACAUCACAAAGACCAGUGCAGAUGUAGUUUGGACGGGAUUCAAAGGCGCCAACGAACACACGGAAGUUCACGUCGAGGUUGCCCAAGGCACUGCGAAGCUGAAGGAGGUUGGAAAGACAAAAUCCAAUCACUACAAGCUGGAAAAACUGAAAGCAGGGAAGCAGUAUCAAGUUCGCCUGGUCCCAUAUCACAAAGGGAAACGUGGCAAUCCCACGCCAACGACAAGCUUCACGGCGAGCACCUCGGCGCCGUCUGCAAUGCCGCCCGUCAUGCUCGGUAAUCGCCAGCCACGCGCGCUCGGCCUCAAAUGGGGGAAGCCUGCCGACAGCGGUGGCCUUCCCGUUGAUGCGUACACCGUGUUCUGGGACAAGGGCGAUGCUGACAUGAGCGAAGAUGACUUUGUGCAGGUGUACACGGGGCAGGGCCACAGCUGCAAGGUGAAGGACCUUGAGCGGGCGCACGUGUACCGGUUUGUGGUCGAGUGCAGCAACGCUGAUGGUACGUCCCCACGCUCCCCCGUCGCCGCAAUCGCCACAUCCGUCGACAAGCCAAGUGCACCUGGAGACAUCACGCUGGUGCGUGCUGGCGUGGAUUUCCUGACGAUUCGCUGGGGAGCGGCAGACGGGAACGGGGCGCCGAUCGAACACUACACCCUGCAGAUGGACGACCCUUCCACUGGCUACGGGUUUCUCCCCAAGUACACGAGCACCGAUCUGCAGCACACAAUCAAAGGACUGGACAAAGACGCCGCAUACUCGUUUCGUGUCUUCGCCACCAACAAGGGGGACAAGGCUGGCCCCUUCAGUGCGAUUGCGACAUUCAAGACAAAACCGCGCGCCCCGCCGCCGCCAAGCGCCCCGACACGAGUGGGCAAGGUGCAGGCGACGGCGUUCAAGGUGUCGUGGAAGCCGCCGCCGGACCCCGAGGACCCCGUCGUCCGCUUCACGCUCGAGAUGGACCAGGGGCAGCGCCCGCCAAAGCCAACAAAGAGCGGGCAGGUGAAAGUGACACCGCGCGGGUUGAAGGUGGUGUACACGGGAGAAGAGCCCUCGUUCACUGCCACCAACCUGCAGCCCGGGCACGUGUAUUCGCUGCGAUGCUGCUGCGUGGGCGAAGGUGGCCAGGGCGUGUUCUCAAAGCUCGCCACUGUUACGACGCUGCCGGAGCUGCCGCAGCCGCCUUCGCUGUACGAGCCAAUCGAGUCGACGUCAACGUGCCUCCAUAUUGGGUGGCGACCCCCGCCGCAGGGCAAGGACGGCGGGGAGCAGCCGGCAGAGUACGAGGUGGUGCAGGUUGGGCCGUUCAUGGGAACAGCGGUGGAUGCAGUGACGGUGAUGGUGAUGGACACCACCAUGGGUGAUCCCCCAGACGACCUGUUCGCAGACGAGACAAGCGGUGGCGGCGGCGGGGGUGCAGCGGACAAGAAGAACCAAAAGCGUGGGAAUGCGAGAACCAAAAGCAACAGCAGUCACGACGGUGAUCAUGGUGGUGGUGGAGGAAAGAAGAAGAACCAGGGUGGAAGUGGUGGUGGUGACAAGGGUGAUGGCCACACAGGCGAUGUGCCUGACAGCAGCAAUGACAAGGCUGCACCUGGUGGGGAUGGACGCAGUGGUGGCGGCGGUGGUGUGCAGUGGCAGCCGUUGUGCCGGGAGACCACACGCCGCUCUGCUUUCGCUGUUGUUCAACCGGGAGAAAUCCAUGCAUUCCGGGCCCGCUGCAGAAACAGGAGAGGCUGGAGUGCGUGGAGCGAACCGCUUGUGCUUGAGGCUCGGGCCAUGCCCCCAGAACCACCAUCCAACCUGACUGCCGAAUCAAGCAAAGCCACCACGGCCACGCUUACGUUCUCUGCCGGGUUUGAGAACGGAAGUCCCGUCACCAAGUUCCGUGUGCGAUACGCGGUCGCCGGCAACGAUGACAACAAUGAUGGUGAUGGUGGUGGUGGUGGUGAUGAUGAUGAGCAGCAGCUCAAGUGGCUGACGGCUUCGACAACGCGCGAACGUGUUGAGUUGAAGGGGCUGACGCCAAACACGCCCUACGUUGCAACGGUGGAGGCGACGAAUGCAAUUGGGUGGUCGCGGCCGUCUGUUGCGCUGCGCUGGCGAACGGAGACAACAACACCGCCGCCGCCGCCGCUGCCUCUGGUUGAAGCUGUCACCACGCACAGCAUUGCACUGCGUGUGCUUCCCCUCAGCCGGCCAGACAUGCCCCUCCUCGACUACCGCGUCGAGGGCAACGGUGAAGAGAAGGUGUUGGCUUCAAGCGACGUUGCAACAAGCGCGCACGGUGACGCAGCCACACCCGUCAGCCCCGGUGGUGCUGUUGUUGUGUUUGAUGGCCUCCGGCCGGACAAACGCUACCGCUUCCGUGUUCGCGCGCGCAAUCACGUCGGCUUUGGCUCGUUCUCGUCGUACGUUGAGGGCCGCACACGCAACACGCCGCCGCCACCGCCCGCGCUGAUAGCAGAGGAGGUGCAGCCAACGAGCAUCAAGCUCGCGUGGACGCACGCCGACAACAACGUCGUGCGCACGCGGCUGUACAUGAAACCGGGGCACGACAAGGACUUUAAGGAGGUGAAGAACGUGAGGGGCCGGAGCCACAAGUUCAACCGCUUGCAGACGGGUGUGGAGUUCCACUUCAAGGCGCAGGCCAUGAACGAGGAGGGCUGGGGCGAGUGCUCAGAUGUGCUGCGCGUGCGCACAGACACGUCUGCUGGUCGCCGCCCAGCGCCGAUUCGAAUUUCGCGGCUGAGCGACGACACAAUGGUUGUGCGCGUGGAGGAGCAGCGCGGAGAGACAACAGAAGUGCUGAUCAAAACACCAGCAGCCACAGCAGGUGCAGCAGCCGCCGCGCCAACGCAGGUGAAGAAGAAGAAAAUCAAGAAAAAGCCUGGCCACGAUGACGGUGGUGGUGAUGGUGAUGGUGCUGGUGGCCCUCGCGUGCGCUGUUUGUUCCGCGGCGCAGAUGAACCGCGCGAUGAGGACGAGGAGGACGUGCUUGACGACGACACAAUGGGGUUGAGGGCAAUCCCGCUGUCAACUCGCCCCACGCUCGUGUGCAGCUCGCGGGAGGCAGGGCGUGCCAUCAUGCACGUGCCUGCAGGCACGAAACAAGGCCCACACGGUAGCGUAGCAGUGGACGUCGUGGUGCGGUUUGCAGGCAGCAGCAAGCGGGAGCUGUGGCAGGUUGAGCGCGUGGUAUUUGGACAAGAGCGGCAGCAGCGAAUGGAGGACGAGUUGGCGGCGGCGGCAGCAGCGAAGAAACACGAAGAGGAGGAGCAACAGCGGGUGGAGAGGAUGCGGAGGCAGGAGAAGGAGGAGAGGGAAAGGAAGAAGGCUGUGGCGCCGACAUACAAGCCGGAACUGAUGGGGGUGUUCAAGGCCAAAGCCAAGAAAAAGCGGCCGUUCUUGGAUGAGCGUGGCGUCAUGGUCGCAUCUGUGCUCAUCGCACUCGCAGCCAUCAUCAUCAUCAUCUUGCUCAAGUAAGCAAACGCCUUUGCUGCUGAUGCUGCUGCUGCUGCUGCUGCUGCUGUUGUUGUUGUUGUUGUUGUUGUUGUUGUUGUUGUUGUUGUGUGUGUGAUGUGCCUGAAAGAUAGUUCUUAGGAGUUUUAGCUCUGUGUAUUCGUUUGUCGCAGGAAAAAUUGUAACACCCAAUAAAGAACGAGCAACGCA